GCAUCGACAAAGCGAAAUGGCGCUGCCCAUUGCUUGCGCGUUGCGGCGUUUCUGCGCUGCUGGUUCGCGAGAUGAACGCUGACGUGAUGAGCCAAGAUGGGUUUACUGUAGUUAAAAGACGAGGGAAAUCAAGCAGGAAGCUCGCUGAGCCGUUGCUCGCAAUUCAUACAGACGAAGACGAUGAAGGCCCUGACGAAAUCGCAGUGCUGCGGCGCAUCUCGGAGGCGGAAGCUGACCUUCAAUCGUCGGCGUACUUUGAAAACUUUCUCAAUGUGCUUACAAAGUGCCUGUGCGUGUUACCUGGCGAUACUAAAGUGAGCCGUAUCGUUUGUUACGGCCUUGGAAACUUCUCCGCGUGCGUCAGUGCGAGGUUCCAACUCGCGCUGCUCAUCUGUAUUCGCCGGCAGUUGUCCCCCGUUUCGGUGGAAAUCUACGAUCCUGUUUUCACGGAGAAGGAGCGGAAAAUACUCGAGUCACUUAGAUUCGCCGUGCUGGUUCUCAACGACGAAGGAAAACGCAGCGUCCAAGACCGGACUCUUUUCUACAUGCCGCAUUGCGGCACGCCGCUGUACAACAGCGUGUUGUGGGCUAACUGGGACGCCGAUUCGCUCGGUAAGGUUGUCAUCUUUGGCAACAGCUUCGACACCAUGUGGACGAACAAGCUGGACGCUACCCUUCGCAAGAAGUGUGGUUUCUUGGUAAACGUGCGACCUGCCGUGCGCGAGUUCGCAAUCGCGAACGACUUCAAGUACUCGGACGUGUUCAACGACCUCGCGUUGCACACUUUCGACGCGAGUCUGUUGCAUGCAGAUGUGUGGAGCUCGAGGGAGGAGCCGUUGUACGAUGGCGACGACGAGAUUGUCUUGGCUCUCCAUGAAAAGUGUAAAAUCUGAGUGUUCUUGUCGUGUUGUGUUUGUAAGCCUCACUAGACUGCCGUCGGUGUAAAUAAUGGUCAUUUUGCACAGUAAAAUGGUUGCGCUG